AUGGCUACAACAACAGCAACUUCUACAUCUGCUGUUCUUUCCACAUUAGUGGCUAAUUUAAUUUUAUUUGGAAUAUUUAUAGUAUGUUUCUUAUUAUUAAGAUUGAAAUUUAAAAGAAUCUAUUCUCCAAAAUCUUCAUUUGAACUUGUACCUGAAGAACAAAGACCAACUCCUUUACCAAAGGAUCCAGUAUCAUGGAUUUUUAUACUUUUAACAAAACCUCAUUCAUUUAUUAUUCAACAAGCAGGUAUUGAUGGUUAUCUCUUUUUAAGAUUUCUUUUCAUUUUUGGUUUAACAUUCUUAUUUGGUAUGUUAACUUGGACAAUUUUAUUACCAAUAAAUGCAACAAAUGGUGUUGGACAAACUGGUUUAGAUCAAUUAUCUAUUUCAAAUAUUAAAAAUAAACAUAGAUAUUAUGCACAUGCAUUUAUGAGUUGGAUCUUUUAUGGAGGAGUUAUCUUUGUUAUUUAUCGUGAAUUAUUCUUUUAUAAUUCUUUAAGAACAGCCGUUUUAUCAUCUCCAAAAUAUGCAAAAAAGUUAUCUUCAAGAACAGUUUUAUUUCAAGGUGUCCCAGAUACUUUAUUAGAUGAAAAGCAAUUCUUUAAAAUUUUUAGUGGAGUUAGAAGAAUUUAUGUUCCUAGAACUCAACGUGAAUUAGAAGGUAAAGUUAAUAAAAGAAUUCAAUUAGUUAAUAAAUUAGAAGCAGCUGAAAAUAAAUUAUUAAAAACUGCUGUUAAAAACAAAUUAAAGGCUGAUAAAAAGAAAGAAGUCUUAGAACCAGUCGAUGAAAUUAGUGCUUAUGUUCCUGAAAAUAAAAGACCAAGACAUAAAAUUGGUGGUUUCUUUUCUAAAAAGACUGAUACUAUUAGAUAUUGUCAAGAAGAAAUUCCUAAAUUAAAUAUUGAAAUUAAAAAGUUACAAAAGAAAUUCAGAACUAAUAAACCAAAGAAUUCAAUCUUUGUUGAAUUUGAAAAUCAAUAUUAUGCUCAAUUAGCUUAUCAAUCAACGGUUCAUCAUAAUCCUUUAAGAAUGAAACCAGUUUUUACAGGUAUUGAACCAUCUGAAGUUAAUUGGUCUAAUUUAAGAAUCUUUUGGUGGGAAAGAAUUACUAGAAGAGCUAUUGCAUUUUCUGCUGUUGUUACACUUAUUAUUUUAUGGGCUAUUCCUGUAGCAUUUGUUGGGGUAAUUUCAAAUAUUACUUAUUUAACUAAUAAAUUACCUUGGUUAAGAUGGAUUUUAAGAAUGCCCCAUUUCUUAUUAGGUAUAGUUACUGGAUUAUUACCAACUAUUUUAUUAGCAAUUUUAAUGAUGUUAUUACCAAUGUUUAUUAGAGGUAUGGCUCAAGUAGCUGGAGCUCCAUCACUUCAACAAGUUGAAUUAUUUACUCAAAAUACUUAUUUUGCUUUCUUAAUGGUUAAUGGUUUCUUAGUCACUGCUUUAGCAUCUUCUGCAACUUCAGUGGUAACUCAAAUUAUUGAAAAGCCAACUUCUGCUUUAGAUGUUCUUGCAAAUAAUUUACCAAAAUCUUCAAACUUUUAUAUAUCUUAUCUUAUUUUACAAGGUUUAACAGUUUCUUCAGGGGCUUUAUUUCAAGUAGUGGGAUUAUUCUUAUAUUAUAUUUUAGGUUAUCUCUUAGAUGGAACUGUUAGAAAGAAGUGGAAUAGAUUUUCAGGUUUAGGUUCAGUUGCUUGGGGUACAACAUUCCCAAUCUUUACAAAUUUAGCAUGUAUUACAUUAAUUUAUGCUAUUAUUUCUCCAAUGAUUUUAUUAUUUGCAACCGUGGCAUUUUUCUUAAUUUUUAUUGCUUAUUCUCAUAAUUUAACUUAUAUAUUCAUUGAAAGUCCAGAUACAAGAGGUUUACAUUAUCCAAGAGCCUUAUUUCAAAUAUUUACUGGACUUUAUAUUGGACAAAUUUGUCUUUUAGGUAUAUUUGCUGUUGGUAAAGGUUGGGGACCAAUUGUUCUUCAAGUUAUUGGAUUAUUAUUUACAAUAUUUUGUCAUUUCCAUCUUAAUGAAGCAUUUGAUAAUUUAAUUAAUGUUGUUCCAUUUGAUUGUAUGAGAGCUUUAGAUGGAAUUUCAAAUACUGCAUCAUAUGAAGGAGUUUCAGAAUAUAAAUCUAAAGUAUUAGAUCGUAAAAAGAAUAGGAAAUCUACUCAAAUGGAUAAACAAAUUCUUGAAGAUGCUCGAGAAUCUGAACAAAUUAAACAAGAUAUAAUUAAUGAAGAUUUAGCAUUUAAUGAAGAUGAAAGUGAAAAAUCAAUUAUACCAUUAAUGGCCGAUCGAGAUUUUAAAACUACUGAAUCUAAGAAUCCUCUUAUAAGAUUUAUUAGACCUGAUGUUUUCCUUAAUUAUAGACAUGCCAAGAGCUUAUUACCUGCUACAUAUAAUAUUGAACCAGAUACUACUGAUGAUAAACAUGCUUAUGAUAUGCCAGUAGUUUCAGCCAUAUGUCCUGGAGUUUGGAUUCCUGCUGAUCCAAUGGGAUUAUCUAAAAUUCAAAUCGAAGAGCUUAGUUCUAUAGUUAAUAUUUCCGAUGAAAAUUCAGGGUUUGAUGAAAAGGGUAACAUUAAGUUUCUUGGUGAAGCUCCAAAUUAA